AUGGCCGCUACACCAACUAGGCCCUACAGGCGAAUCCUGACAUCGGCUCUGCACCGACGAUUUGUCCAUGCCUCCGCACUCUCGCUUUUGGUAUCUUACAUUAUUGCAAUUGCGAUCGGGGAUAAAUCAUCCUUCUUCUGGUUAUGGUUUCCCCUUGGUGGUUGCGGUGUCCGGACCGUGCUACUCUUCAUGUCCUCCCUCACCAUCUUCGUCCUUCGCGUCAGUCAAAUGCACAUCGGCUCAAGAACGGCUAGCUGCUCAUUUGGCACUUUGAAAUCCAUAUCUCUCUUCCAAAUUGCGCAAACCUUUGGCUGGUACAUCUUUUCGGCAUGGUGGUUCACCGUAAUCUAUGUGUGGUCGUCCUCAGGUGAUUCCAACCUCGAGCUUGUGAAACGGGGCAGGCCACACGAGCGACCGACUUUGAACGAGCGGCCAAUUUACCUCCAUUCCUUCCAUGCACUUCUAGCAUGCGUGCAAGCAGUAUUCCAUCUCUAUUACGAUUACGACCGAGUUCCAGUGCCCAUCGCGGAGCGAAGCACCAAAGCGGAGGACGAGCGAACUCAUCCGGUGCCACCGACAUCCAAGCAUCUACAGGCCACCUUGCCAAAGGAACUGGCGACUGGAGCGCUUAGAGGCCUCAGUAUGGCUGCAGCGACUGUCGUUCUUUACCCCGUCUUCUUCAGACGCUUCGCGUGGAGCUGGUCGUUGUACUUUGCCAAGCUCUUUUUCAGCUUCCCGAGAUCUGCUGCCGACCCUCAGAGCUUCGUUCCUUCGAUUUUCCCUUACUUUUUCCUCCGGACUUUGCUCCCUGGAGUGCUGCUUGUCCUCAGCUGGCAAACGGCGAACCUCUUCUAUUCCGUAUUCAUGGCCAAGGAGCCCUUGAAGCGGGGCCAGCCUCUCACAACAGAAGCCAAAGAUCCCAAUGGCAGUCUUCUCAGUGGUCUCAAGGCGAAGAAGAAUGUGGUCAAGACAUUUGCACUCUGGGAACUCAGUCUCAUUAGCCAGCGCAUUCCUGACCGCCGAAAGGCAAUUUUCAGUGAAAUUGAUCGCGAGGGCGGCUCCGCUUGGUCUCAGGUUCUUGCUUGCACGACCGAUGUGAUCAAGGCGAUCAACACUCGCAUUGAGGACAGCAAAAACCCGGCGCCGGUAUCCAAGCCUUUGCCGCAUGCUGAGAAACCCGAGCCUGUACUUCAGACUCUUCCGCGACUUACAGAACCCAUCAAAGAUGGCAACAUCUUUACUACCGCCCCAAAGGCCACUUCACGCCAGGACAAGUUUGGCGAGGCCUUCAGCUCCACUGCUAAAUCCUUCGGUCAGUCGGAAGACUGGACUCCAGCCGCACGAGCCCGUGUUCGUGAUGUUUUCGACCGCGCAUCGUCCGCUAUGCUUAGCCCUGAGCAGAAACAAAAGCUCCUUGGUUCGCCUCAGAAAUUCAAGUUACUUACCGGCGGCACUCCCAUAACUUAUAAGCCCGAGGAUAUCAACCCAAUCGUCGCACAGAUUCUUCGUUCACCUAUCGGUCAACCUCUUCGUCAAACAUACGCUCAGCGUCUCUCUUCCAUUGUGCUUGGCACGCCUGAGUCCUCGCUUCCAAUGAUUGUGGAUGCUGUGGAGUCGUUAACCCGGCUCCUCGUUGCCAGUUUGGCUGAAGACCCGUAUGGCAAAGUUCAGGCUGAUGUACCAUCCACCGUGCGACUUCUUACUCAAACCAUUCUUGCCCUGGACGCGUUCGCCCACCAGGGUGGUUUAGACGCUCACUGGACAGAUAUCCACUUCCCCCAACGAGCAAUCCCAAGGCGCAAGAAAUUGCCCGUCGGGUCCCGGAUGUCGAGAUCUUGCUUUCUACCCUCCGCGGUGGUCUCAAAGAUCUAUAUCAUGGCACUGACAAACGUCUACCAUGUGCGUCGGGUCGCAGACACCUCUGCAAAAGCAUGUUUGAUUUGCUACAAACCAUCAACCACUGUGAUGAUCACACCCGAUAACAAGGACUUCUUUUAUGUGUGCCCCGCACAUCUGCAAGACCGGCACUUCUGCUCUCCAAUAGUCGACACAGAAGGCCAAGCAAAACGCCUCAAAGAGGAAGCGAUGGCCAAAGAGAUUGAGAUUGUCAAAAGGGAGUAUGAAGAAAAACAGCGACGUAAGAAAGAGCGUGAAAAGGCGUCAAGCAAAGACGAUAAAGACAAGAAAGAUAAGGGCAAGGAUGAGUCGAAGGACAAAGACAAAGAUUCAUCUGAACCGAAUAACAAUGACGAGAAUGAAAGAGAUGAUAAGAUCGCUUCUAUUCGGAAAGACUCUAAGUCGGAAACGAAGCCGGAUGAUUCACCUCGAGUAUUCUCUUUGCAUAAGAAUUUCUAUCAAAUGCGCAUCGACCGGCUGCGGAACAUUGAGAUGGCGAAACGGAACCAGGAGAGAUUGAGGAAUCCAUCCUUGUUUCCCUCUGUGCCAUCAGGGAAUCCCUAG